CGGCGGCGGCGGCGGCGGCGGCGGGGGGCCAGAGAGUCUGCAACUGAGCUGGGAGCUGAUUCCCCACCCCCGACUUGGGGACGCGGCAGGUGCAAUGACCAUGGCUACAGCAGGACCCCCCUGGACAUGGAUGGUCCGUGCCCUGAUCACAGCCCUGAUUUUGGGGGUGACAGAGCCUGUCCUUGCAAACUACGUGGCUUCCUGCGACAACCCCUCUGCCCUCGAGCCCUCUGGGGGCACCAGGGACCUCGGACCUAGGUCCGGGGAGGACAUCCGGGUGGAUGACGGCGGCGGCAGCAGCACCCGCAUCGUGAAUGGGACCGACUGCGGAAUGAACAGCCAGCCCUGGCAGGGUGCGCUGUUAAUGAAACCCAACCAGCUCUACUGUGGGGCCGUGUUGGUGAACCCGCAGUGGCUGCUCACUGCCGCCCACUGCCGGAAGGAAUUUUUCAGAAUCCGUCUUGGCCACUAUUCCCUGUCACCCACCUACGAAGCUGGGCAGCAGCUGUUCCGGGGCAUCAAGUCCAUCCCCCACCCCGGCUAUUCCCACCCCAGCCACUCCAAUGACCUCAUGCUCAUCAAACUGAACAGAAAAAUCCAUGAGACUCAGGCCGUCAGGCCUAUCAACAUCUCCUCUCAUUGUCCAACUGCUGGGACCAGAUGCUUGGUGUCUGGCUGGGGCACAACCAGCAGUCCCCAGGUGAAGUACCCCGACGUCCUCCAGUGCUUGAACAUCACUGUGCUCAGUGAGGACAGGUGCAAGAAGGCCUAUCCUAAUCAGAUAGAUGCCACUAUGUUCUGUGCCGGGGACCAGGUGGGCAGAGACUCCUGCCAGGGUGACUCCGGGGGCCCGGUGGUCUGCCAUGGCACCCUCCAGGGCCUCGUGUCCUGGGGAGACUCUCCGUGCGCCAAGCCCAACAGACCCGGCGUCUAUACCAACCUCUGCCAGUUCACUAAGUGGAUCCAGGACACCAUCCGGUCCAACUCAUGAGUCACUCCGGGACCUGGCAUCCUGGCAUCCCUUGCCCCCUGCAAGUCUCCACCUUUGCAGGGACCCAGACACUCCUUCCAGACUGAAGUUCCUCCCCCAAAAUGUUGAAGUUCUUUAUUGAUCCAGCUCUCCCCGCCCCACCUCUUGGAAUCAGGGUCCCCCUUCCUGGACCCUGGAUGGACCAGGCUCUCUGGUCCAGAUGCUGAAGACAAUUUCCAUCAAGACCAGGGCAAGGGCUGCACCCCAGUCUCCCCAGCCUGCCUUCCUCGGCUUCCACCUGCUUAGCAGCUGUGACCCAGAUUUGGUCCAAGAAAUAAAGCCUCUGAGAAGUGG